UGGAGCUGAAUUCGAUUACGUUACGUAAAUCCAGAAGAUACAGAAUGAAGCACUCGGUUGCAGGCGGAGCUGCCGCUAUUCUUGAGAAGUCCAGAAGUCGUAUGAGAGGUCAGCACUUUACAUUAGAUGGUAGAGGGACCUCCAAGAAAACUGAACAACCAAAACAGCCAAGCAAGAACACCGAAGAUGAUGACAUUGCUGCCUAUUUAUCCCAGCUUUCAAAGAAGACAUCUGGGAAAAAGAAGAACAUGGAUGACAUCGGUUCUGGAAUGAGUGACUUGAGUCUUUCUGAUGAAGCAAAGAACUCCACUUCAAUGAAGUUUAUGAAAAAAUCAAGCACUGCAAGUGCGGUACUACCUGGCCCUUCCCAAAGUGCACAGAGUAUUCAACAGUCGGCGAGACCGAUGUCGGGGAAGAAGUCUACGAGCUUCACAUCCAGUGCCCUUCAGCGAGCCUCAAAUAUAAUGCAAAGAUAGCUUCCAGGAAGAUAAUAGUAGACAGUGAUUCAUCUGAAGAUAGGUCCCGCGACCAGUACCAAGAACUUGAUGUCACUGUGGAUACUUCCAGCCCUCCUGCGCCUGCUGAGAAUAGAGACAAGUACCGAUUCAUGAAAAAGCCAUCGGGUAAAGUUGAGCCAGUAGUCGAUGGGGAAUCUAUUAAGCAAGAGAAUCCAUCUUCCUUCGCAACCCCACUAGAAAGUUACCCUCGCACGGCUUCUAAUGCAACAGAGUCCAAGAUGAAGGCAAAGCUAUCAACCAAAGCAAAAUCAGAAAGUGCCACAGUGCCUUUGACAUCUACUCCUAUUAGAAACACACAACAGAGCAGCAGUAGACGGAAUGUGUACAACAAAAUAAUGGCAGAGCUUGAUACAGAUGAAGAGAGUAUUGACUAUUUGAUAGGAGACACCGCGGAAUACUCCUCUUUUGUGAAGGAUGUGCAGCAAGUCGAUACAGUUUCAGAUCAAGUAUCAGAGAAUCGGGCAUCCCCUCGAAGGCUCUCAGAUACGGGUUAUCUCGCAGAAAAUAUGGAACAUAUAUCCGUGGUUGAAUCUAGUGUUCAGUCAUCCAUAGGAGAGGAUGUAGGGCUGACAUUUUUUGGUCUACAGACCAUCGAUGACUUGCUACCACCAAGUACCGUACAGACUCCGGACGCUUCUUCUUCUCAUCAUCAUGAUGACAUAUCUCAUCACAAAGACAUUUUUGGUCUACAGACCAUCGACGACUUGCUACCUCCAAGCACCUCGCAUAUAACUCCAGACUCUUCUUCAUCUCAUCAUGAUGACAUAUCUCAUCACAAAGACAUUGAGAGUGUAAGAACAAUGAGUCCAUCAACGGUUGCGGACUCUGUCGCUUCAAUACAUACUACUCCAGAGAGUAGCAGGACUAUGUGCUGACUCUUACUCUUCGGUCGCAUCGUACAGCGAGUCAAGAAGCUACCUCUCAAAGUCAGAUUCCAAUUCUUCUCUUUCUACAAGCAACAACACGAGAUCCAAGCUCUCAGACACCAGCAUCGAUACCAUCACGCCUUCUAGAUCUGUUUCCUACUCGCAUGACUUUGACACCUUAUCGCAGUCUGAUGAUACGACUGUAUCGGAUGACCAGACUAUUGCGAGCGAUUUCUCUACCUCCCAUAGUGAAAGCAAUUCUAGAAGUAGUCAACCAAGUAUCGUUUCGAAACGUACAGGA